AAUUGUUAAAUGGAUAGAUGGAAUGUCAUACACGCGUCAUGUUUUGUUUGUGUAUUAUCAAGAUGUAUCCUGGCUCAAACGGAUACGGCUUCGCUAGAUGUUGCCAUUCAUACGAAGUGUAAGGUAUGGAAUACGACACUCAAGAAAUGCACAGAAUGCGAUGUAGGAUUCCAAGGUGACUACUGUCAGAUGGCCUGUCGUUAUCCGAACUACGGAUAUCGAUGUCAAAUGUGGUGUAACUGCGAGCAAUGGAAAUGUAGUUUUGUUACUGGAUGUGAGGAUGGGUCACCAACAAUUUCACCAAGCACUAAGGAAACUUUAUCCCCCGUAUAUUUAUUGACUAGAACUCUUAAAGAGGAAGUGAAAGCGAGAGCAGAAAUCCUCUUUGGACCUCUGAAGGGUUGUGGAAAGUCCGGAAAGAUUAAAGAAAUAAAAGACAGAGAAUGGCAAAUGGUUGCUGACAAGUUAAAUUCGUAA